AUGAUCCCCACCUCGGGUAAAACACGAGCCCUGUUUGGGUCGUGCCAGGGGCAGGUGGGGAGGGAGCCAGGCAAGCAAAAGGAAGAAGCUCAAAAUGUCUGUUUUCCCCUUGCAGCACAAAUUGAAGUGAUACCAUGCAAAAUUUGUGGCGAUAAGUCCUCCGGGAUCCACUACGGAGUCAUCACGUGCGAAGGCUGCAAGGGAUUCUUCAGGAGGAGCCAACAAAACAAUGCCUCUUACUCCUGCCCAAGGCAGAGAAACUGUUUAAUCGACAGAACCAACAGAAACCGUUGCCAACACUGCCGACUGCAGAAGUGUCUUGCCCUCGGGAUGUCGAGAGAUGCUGUGAAGUUCGGGAGGAUGUCCAAGAAGCAGAGGGACAGCCUGUACGCCGAGGUGCAGAAGCACCAGCAGCGGCUGCAGGAGCAGCGGCAGCAGCAGAGCGGGGAGGCGGAAGCCCUCGCCAGGGUCUACAGCGGCAGCAUCAGCAACGGCCUGGGCAACCUGAGCAACGAGGCCGGCGGCGCCUACGCCAACGGACACGUCAUCGACCUGCCCAAGUCCGAGGGUUAUUACAGCGUGGAUUCCGGCCAGCCGUCCCCUGAUCAGUCAGGACUUGACAUGACUGGAAUCAAACAGAUAAAGCAAGAACCUAUCUAUGACCUCACCUCCGUACCCAACUUGUUUACCUAUAGCUCUUUCAACAACGGGCAGCUAGCACCCGGGAUAACGAUGACUGAAAUCGAUCGAAUUGCACAGAACAUCAUUAAGUCCCACCUGGAGACGUGUCAGUACACCACGGAGGAGCUGCACCAGCUGGCAUGGCAGACCCACACCUACGAGGAAAUUAAAGCCUAUCAGAGCAAGUCUAGGGAAGCACUAUGGCAGCAAUGCGCCAUCCAGAUCACUCACGCCAUCCAGUAUGUGGUAGAGUUUGCAAAGCGGAUAACGGGCUUCAUGGAGCUCUGUCAAAAUGAUCAGAUUCUACUUCUGAAGUCAGGUUGCCUGGAAGUGGUUUUAGUGAGAAUGUGCCGUGCCUUCAACCCAUUAAACAACACUGUUCUGUUUGAAGGAAAAUAUGGAGGAAUGCAGAUGUUCAAGGCCUUAGGUUCUGAUGACCUGGUGAAUGAAGCAUUUGACUUUGCAAAGAAUUUGUGUUCCUUGCAGCUGACUGAGGAGGAGAUUGCUUUGUUCUCAUCUGCUGUUCUGAUAUCUCCAGACCGAGCCUGGCUGAUAGAACCAAGGAAGGUCCAGAAGCUUCAGGAAAAAAUUUAUUUUGCACUUCAACAUGUGAUUCAGAAGAAUCACCUGGAUGACGAGACCUUGGCAAAGUUAAUAGCCAAGAUACCAACCAUCACGGCGGUCUGCAACUUGCACGGGGAGAAGCUGCAGGUAUUUAAACAAUCACAUCCAGACAUAGUGAAUACACUCUUUCCUCCAUUGUACAAGGAGCUCUUUAAUCCUGACUGUGCCACCGUCUGCAAAUGA